UGUGUGCGCGCAUGUGUGCUCGUCUGGACUUUCCAGUAGCCUACUUUGCACCAUACAACUUUGUCCGAGAAUCACAGUGGCAAUGACUGUCCAGUGGACGGUGGUGGCUUUCUUCCUGUAUGCAGAGAUCACAGUCAACCUUAUUUUGUGUGUGCCUUUAAUAUCAGCACAGCGGUGGCGUUUGAUUUUCAGGUGGCGAAUAUGGAGCUGGUUAUCUCCUUACUGGAAUAAAUGCUUUUUUACAAUAAUAAUGGUCCUUAUUGUUCUUUUCCUGGACGCUUUACGUGAGGUGCAGAAGUAUUCCGGUCCUGAGCCCAUGCAAGAUGCUAAAGUGAACCCAAAUGUGUACGACCACGUCCACAUGAAGCUUUUCAGAGCCCAGAGGAACCUCUACAUAUCUGGCUUCUCUCUCUUUCUCUGGCUUAUGAUGCGUCGGGUUGCCACUUUGCUAAACCAGGUUGCUGUCACCAUGGAGGACAGCGCAGGUCUUCAGUCACAAAUAGACAAUGCUGUGAGAGCAGCUAAGCAGCAGCAGGAGGACAAACUGACCCUCAAGCAAUCUUUCCUGGAAAAGGAAAAAUCCAUGUCAGCAGCAAAGCAGCAGCUGAAGCUGGAGGUGGAAAAGCUGGCGGGUCAGCUGAAGACUGCCGAGGAGGCUGUUCGUAAGUCUGAUGCUGAUAUCGAGGCAAUGAGGAGACAAGCCAAAGGUCUGGCUCAGGAGUAUGACAGACUGCUCAGAGAACACCAUCAGCUCCAGAAUCUUCAGAGCGCUGAAGACAAAAAGGAUCGGUGAACAUUAAAACACAGUAUCAGCUCUUACUUCCUUCCAUGGACAUUUUUUUUCUUAUACCUCUCGAUUGUGUGCUGUAUCUAGUUUGCUACCCGACCUGUUUUUAUUGUCUUUGAAUCUUCAUUGUUGUUUAAAGUUUGAACUGAGUGCAAUAGACAAAUCUUGCUAUUAACUUACAGUAACUCUUCAUUAUGAAUAUGCAUUGUUUCUUUUUUUACUGACUGCUAAGCUGUGUUAUAAACACAAAGUGUUAGUGUUACUGUAAUGACUUUUAUAUUGUACAUCAAUGGGAUGCACACUAUAAACUAUACACUGUAAUGGGAUGUGCUGUCAUGAACUUGAACAUUUCACAUGUGAAUGGAGAGCUGUGUAAUUUGAGAUGUUGCUCUUAGAUUUUUCCUAUUUCUGUGAACAUUACAAGGUGUCACUUUGAGGUUAAUUUGUGGGGGAUUCACAGCCUGUUGCAUUAUUUUAGCAUACACCUGAAUGCUCCAGACCAGCAAACUGACAGAACUGCUUAUAGAGAUAGUCAAGCUUGCUGAUCAGUUAAUCAUGUUCAUUUGAUUAGCAGCUCCUGACUGCUACUUACCCUCUUAAAGUAAUUCCUAUGAAAGCAUUAAUGGUGUACUUAGUUUUCCAGAAACCUGCACAGAUUCCUGUAAAAACAUAUACAUACACAUAUAUAUAAGCUGCUCACAAAUGCCAUUUCACCAGAUGUCUGUGAGCCAUCAGCUGAUGGCUGAUUAUCAACAAAUCUCAUAUAAUCUAUGCUAUUUACUGCCAAAUUGGAAGCCGGUUUGAAUAGCACCUCCACUUUAUUCUGUAUGAGGAGCUCUACUCGUUCUCUGCCUGCCUCGUCUGCCUCUGGGGAAGGCUUGGGUUGUAAGACCCAUAUCUUCAAGUAUAAAAUAUGGAAGAUGGAAAUAAUAAUCUUCUUUUAAGCUAGUGGCUCUAACUGAACUGACUUUAGGAGGGCAAACCUACUCUUGACAUACUGUAUCAUACUCUGGUGACAGCU